AUAUAAGCAGAUGAUUUAAAAGUGUUAUUUGUUCUUUCCUUUUGUGUAACCACAUACCCGUAUCUCGAUUGACACAGUUUGAGGUCUAGGCAAAGCUUACUGUAGAAUCUGAAAAUUUUUUUUCUCUUAUUUUUUGCUCUGAGCAAUUUUUUCUUUACAGUGAUUCAUAAACAUCUUUUCUUCUCUUUUAAUCGCUUGAGUAAUGAAGCGUAUGUUGCCGUUAUCAAAACGAGGGCGGUCUCCGCCCUUUGUAGUAUAAAUAAGGAAGAAGCUUACCAGCUCUCAUAGUUGAAACAAGAUGCAAAUUAAAACUUUGAUCGUUUGCGUAGCGCUAGCCACUCUCUUGGUAGUAGCACACUGUGCACCUGCUCAAAACAAUGCAAAUACUGAUACCUUCAUCCUCAUCCCAGUGGAAGCUGUUCAGGAGAAUGCCGAUCAAGAUACAGCAGAAUCGAGAGAUUUAGUGGCUUCGGCGGGACAUCACAGUUACGAUGUUCACGGACAUUUAGAUAAAGGUGCAUAUACAGGACAUCACGGUUCUUUCGGAUGGUAUGCAGAUUACCCAGUAGGAGGAGGGCAUCAUCAUCACUAUUAA